AUGGCGUCCGGUUUUGGUCUCAAUGGCGGUCCUUCCCGCUGCUUCAACUUCUGGCAAGAGGUCCUUGGUUGCUAUGUCGUCAAUGCUGGCGAGGGAGAGACUGGCAAGAAGAAGUGCAUGCCUGCCCUAGAGGAUUACCACGAGUGCCUUCACCACCGGAAAGAGGCACUGCGAACGAUGAAGAUGCAGGCUGCCUACCGCAAGGCAGAAGCCUCACACCCCCGCGAAAACGCCCCGAAGGCCGAACAGAUUCGCAGUCUAGGAUUGCUAGGGAAGGAAGAAGAGGCGACAGCGUUUUUGGCGAAGGCUUAA